GAGAGAGAGGGAGAGAGAGGGAGGGAACGAGAGUCUGGCUGCAGAUCCAGUGAGUACUCACUCACGGCUAUUGGUAAAUCGAGGAUCUCUUCGUCGCUGUUCAGCCAAUCGAUCGAUAUCCAGGGAUGGGUCGGGGAUAGAAACCCGGGAACGCUGACCAGACACCAGAUAAAUACCGAAACGGAAGCCGGCCCGGGAUAAGCCACACGAGCGUACGGUAGCAGUCCGAACCACCCGCUACUCCCCGGGAAUCGGACACACGGUCAGAGGAGGCGCUGAGGCUGUCCAGGGACGGAACGGGGAUCUUGGUCCAGAGAGUUGUUUAGACAGGAAGGAACCGCCUGGAGAGGGAGACCGGAGCAGCAGAGUCAAGAACAAGACUUUCUCCAGGACGCUGGGCAGCAUGAAGAAGAGCCGGAGCGUUCAGGGGGUCACGCCAGCAGACGAGAGCAAGGCGGCGUCGGGGACCCAGCACCUCCUCCUGGCCAGCAGCCAGACGCUGGGGGCGGAGCUACGCCGCGUCCACCGCCGCUUCUCCGGCAACCUUCAACUGCCGCCGUUGUCCUGGCGACAGGCCGAGCGGGAUAAGGAGCGGGAGUGGGGCCGGCCGCAGACGCCCGAGGAGUGUCCCGGGGAGGAGGAGGAGGAGGGGGGCCGGGCGGCCGGACGUCCCACCAGCCUGCCCAUCCCCCCGCCCCGCAUCGACAUCACCGCCGCGGACCCCGACAGCUUCGAGGCGGAGGCUGCCCGGUCCCUGUGCUGCAGCCCCUCUGAGGCCCAGGCCUCCCCGGGCUCCACCCUGGUGCUCCAGCCCCAGCGCCGGGAGUCCUUCCUCUACCGCUCCGACAGCGACUACGACCUGUCCCCCAAGUCCAUGUCCCGCAACUCCUCCAUAGUGGGGGAACUGCAGGAAGAUCUGAUCGUCACACCAUUUGCCCAGGUCCUGGCCAGCCUUCGCACAGUGAGAAACAACUUCACCACCCUGACCAACGUUCAAUCUGCAUCCAAUAAAAGAUCCCCAGCUGCCGGGCAGCCCGCUGCUGCCAGAGUGUGUCUUUCAGGAAGAGGAGAACAGAUUUUUCCUGUUUUGACGCCUUGUGUGUCAGAUGAGGCAAAGUUCCCACUGUUAACGAGCUGCGUCGCCGUGGAAACCUGCGUCUAUCCGGGAUGCGAGCUGGACGCUGGUGUCUCAUCCAAACCAAUAGAAGACGAGUCGUACCAGAAGCUGGCCCUGGAGACGGUGGAGGAGCUGGACUGGUGCCUGGACCAGCUGGAGACCGUCCAGACGUACCGCUCCGUCAGCGACAUGGCCUCCACCAAGUUCAAGAGGAUGCUGAACCGAGAGCUCAACCACUUGUCUAUGAUGAGCCAGUCGGGUAGCCAAGUGUCAGAGUACCUCUCCAACACCUUCCUCGACCAGCCCCACGACGUGGAGCUGCCCUGCCCGGUGCCCAAGGCCCAGGGGAGGAAGAGGAGGCAGGGCCCCCAGAGCCAGCACGGCUCCCAGCACGCCGCCGUCCAGCACCAGCAGGCCGGCGGGGGCGGGACCCUGCCCCAGAUCAGCGGCGUGCGCAAGGUCAGCCUGACCUCUGGCGCCGUGGUCAGCCGCUUCGGCGUGAAGACGGACCAGGAGGAGCUGCUGUCCAAGGACCUGGAGGACAUCAACAAGUGGGGGCUGAACAUCUUCAGCGUGGCACUGCACUCCCACAACCGCCCGCUCACCUGCACCAUGUACGCCAUCUUCCAGGAGCGAGACCUGAUGCGUACGUUCCGGAUCCAGGCGGACGUCCUGGUGACCUUCCUGCUGACGCUGGAGGACCACUACCACAGCGACGUGGCGUACCACAACAGCCUGCACGCCGCCGACGUGGCCCAGUCCACGCACAUCCUGCUGUCCACGCCCGCGCUCCACGGAGUCUUUACAGACCUAGAGGUCCUGGCCGCCAUCUUUGCUGCUGCUAUCCAUGACGUGGACCACCCGGGGGUCUCAAACCAGUUCCUCAUCAACACCAACUCUGAGCUGGCCCUGAUGUACAACGAUGAGUCGGUGCUGGAGAACCACCACCUCGCUGUGGGCUUCAAGCUGCUGCAGGAGGACAACUGUGACAUCUUCCAGAACGUCUGCAAGAAGCAGAGGCAGAUGCUGCGGCGGAUGGUGAUCGACAUGGUGCUGGCGACGGACAUGUCCAAACACAUGAGCCUGCUGGCCAACCUGAAGACCAUGGUGGAGACCAAGAAGGUGACCAGCUCCGGAGUGCUGCUGCUGGACAACUACACCGACCGGAUGCAGGUUCUUCGUAACAUGGUGCACUGCGCCGACCUCAGCAACCCCACCAAGUCCCUGGACCUGUACCGCCAGUGGACCGGCCGCAUCAUGGAGGAGUUCUUCCACCAGGGCGACCGCGAGAGGCAGCGCGGCAUGGAGAUCAGCCCCAUGUGUGACAAACACACGGCCUCCGUGGAGAGGACGCAGGUGGGCUUCAUCGACUACAUCGUCCACCCGCUGUGGGAGACGUGGGCCGACCUGGUGCACCCCGACGCCCAGGACAUCCUGGACACGCUGGAGGACAACCGCAACUGGUACCAGAGCAUGAUCCCCCAGAGUCCCUCCCCGCCGCUCUACAGCAGCGACGGGGAGGGGGGCCGGCCCGGCGAGGAGGAGGAGGAGGAGGAGGAGGAGGAGGAGGAGCUGGAGGGGGGCCCUCUGGGGAGCUCCACCUUUCAGUUUGAGGUGACCCUGGAGCAGCAGGACAGCGGGCUGGGGACGGGGUCGGACGCCCCCCGAGAGGCCAACGGUGUGACGGACGGGGGAGAGGAGGACAGGAACGGCGUCGCCCUGUCGGAGACAUAACAGGGCGGAGCUUUGUCCUGGCUACGGCGCGAAAGGCGCGUUGCUGCUUCUGAUUGAAAUGGUUUUAAAUCGCAGUGGAGAAAUCCUGCGAGCUGGCCUCCCACAGGCCGUUGACUAGGGGCCCAACCCCGGGGGGAGAGGGCUGGACAUCCCACCCUAUGUGGCAAGGGUUCUCUUUUUGAGCACCACCUUCUAGCUCCCCACUGGUGUGAAGGGUCAAGUGUUGCCGUGACAACAUGGAGCGGGGGGGGUGUUGCUGCUGUAGAACUGGUAGACCCCAAAUGGGUCUUGAGUGCCGUCCCUCCUGCCUCUAUGGAGGUGAAGGGAUGAGUCAUCAUCACACCAAACUGUAAAACGCUCUGGGUCACGCAAAGGUCUCAGAGAUCGCACUCUGAGGGAAAUAUUUAUGUUGAGUUUGAACUCUUUUUAUUGUGUUUGUAUUGGCUGAUAUGAGGUCACAUGUUCACCCAAACUACUGGUCUUUGUAGUAGUUUUGACAUGUUUUUGCUAACACUUGUCUAAAAAAGGUGGUGUGCCUUUGUUGAAGUUUUUUUACAACCCUUUCUUAUGUUUUUUAUUAUUAUUUAUUGAACGCACAAGUUGGUUCAUAACAAUUUGGGGUAUUUUUACUCAAAAGGAUAUGGUUGCGAGUCUCACUCAGUCUUCCUGUUGUUCUGGCAAUAGUGUUCGAUUUUUAUACAUCAAACUGUGAUUCAUGGAUGUAAUUAGUUGACUUCCCAGCACAAUUUGCACUUUGUGACAUUUGGGGAUGAGAGAACAUUUUCCACCUAGUUGCGGGACCUAAUAAGGAACAUUUAAAGCCAAAUAUUGAACAUAAUGUGUUUGUAUAGAUACAGAUUACAUUUUUUGGAGCUCAUAAGCAAUCAACCUUUUUGUAAAGAGUGAAAUUGCUCAUUAAAUGGGACGAGAACUCCAAAGAUUUUCAAAAUAAAAGCACUUUGACAUAAUUCACUGCCACCUUUGCAAGGUUCCCAGGUCAUCUUAAUUGAUUACACUAAAUUCCCAAUUCAACAAUAUUCAAUGUAGAUCAGACUCUGGGAAGAACGAGAACCACCCCAGUAUCACAACCAGUGAGCCCAGCUUAAGCCAAAACUUUUAAAAGUUGUGUGCAAACAUUAUGACAGCGAGGAUUUGGGUAGGCUUUUCUUUUGUAUUAUAUUUGAUUAUCUAUUUAGCACUUUGAAUAAAGCAGGCGGGUCUGCAGCUGGUUGCAGCUCCCGCCACAUAACCUUGAAGGUACGUCGUCAGAAAAGCAUAGAUAUACGAUAACGUGUGUGUGUGUGUGUGUGUGUGUGUGUGUGUGUGUGUGUGUGUGUGUGUGUGUGUGUGUGUGUGUGUGUGUGUGUGUGUGUGUGUGUGUGUGUGUGUGUGUGUGUGUGUGUGUGUGUGUGUGUACAUUUCGCACAAUAAUCUUCUUGCACCCAGCCUCGUUUUGGCUGCUGACCUUCAGCUGUUUGUAACAGUAUAUUUAUUACUUUUUACUUGGAUAGGAUAUAACAGUACUGCUUUGGAUUGAUGUAUUAUUUAUACUCUCCACCAAUCGAUGGAGAAUCUCUGGUGGCCCCACACAAUAAUUUUUAUCUCAUUUUUUUUUUUUAGCUCAGUAUGUGACCUGAAAUUAUUACGGUUAUGGAUUUAGAUUUUGUUAUUUCAAAUAAAGUUUUAAUCUCAAAUUUCUGAUUUUUCCACAAAGUCCCGUCUGUAGAAAGAGUUUGUACACAGAUGGACGAGCAGCCUCGGCUUGGAGGUGCUUGUCCGUCGCUCUGCUACUUUUCCUAACUGCUGCCUGAGGAGUGUUUAUAAUACAGUUAGAUGAUAUAAUGGCAGUAUAUUAUUACCUGACCGGUCAUUGAACAUCUGCCUGAGGAAAUAUAAGACUAUGUUUCCAACGGAUUAUUCUCUCCCUCACACGAUGUAUUGUAACAUACUGUUCUCUGCUGGUUUUUCUAUAAUAUAUUAAAAUGAGCAUGAAAUAUUCAA